UUUGCGCGAUCUCUAGUAGUUUGAGCCUCCUGACUCUCCGUCCUGCUGUGGACACGUGGUACGAAUAAUCUAUAAAUAAAGGUAGAGCUCUCCAUUGUUACAAACUAUUCACUAGCUGGCAGGGAGAGGGGAGAGAUGGCAUCGACAAGCCGCGGAGAGGCUCUGGCACUUCCAAGAGUUCAGUGUCCCAACCACCCUGAUGCCUUGCUGGUGGAGGACUACAGAGCGGGGGACAUGAUUUGCCCUGAAUGUGGGCUUGUAGUGGGCGACCGUGUAAUCGAUGUGGGCUCAGAGUGGAGGACAUUUACCAACGAGAAAGCAGUCAAAGAUCCAUCCAGAGUGGGAGACGCCCAGAACCCGCUGCUCAACGGGGGAGACCUCACCACCAUGAUCAGCAAGGGAACAGGCGCGGCCAGCUUUGACGAGUUCGGCAACUCCAAGUACCAGAACCGUCGCACCAUGAGCAGCUCGGACCGGGCCAUGCUUAAUGCCUUCAAAGAGAUCACCACCAUGGCAGACCGCAUCAACCUACCAAGGAAUAUCAUAGACAGAACAAACAACUUAUUCAAGCAAGUUUAUGAACAGAAGAGCCUGAAGGGCCGAGCUAACGAUGCCAUAGCUUCAGCCUGCCUCUACAUUGCCUGCAGACAAGAAGGGGUUCCCAGGACAUUUAAAGAGAUCUGCGCUGUGUCCCGUAUCUCCAAGAAGGAGAUUGGAAGGUGUUUCAAGCUGAUCCUCAAAGCCCUGGAGACCAGCGUGGACCUCAUCACCACAGGAGACUUCAUGUCCCGCUUCUGCUCCAACCUGGGCUUGCCCAAGCAGGUCCAGAUGGCCGCCACCUUCAUCGCCAGGAAGGCCGUGGAGCUGGACCUUGUGCCCGGCAGGAGCCCCAUCUCUGUGGCGGCGGCAGCAAUCUACAUGGCCUCGCAGGCCUCGGCUGAGAAGAAGACUCAGAAAGAGAUCGGAGACAUCGCGGGCGUGGCAGACGUCACAAUCCGACAGUCGUACCGGCUGAUCUACCCGCGUGCCGCAGACCUCUUCCCUCCAGACUUCAAAUUCGACACGCCUGUUGACAAACUGCCCCAACUGUGAAGAUGCUUGACAUACAGACGUGACACUUUCUGCUGUACUUACAGGAUUAUAUUCUUUUUUUAUCAUGUGUUUUUGUUGGAAAUUGGAAGGUUUGUCUUUUUCCCUCCUAACUUAAGACUUCAAGCCUUUGUGAAGGCACUCUUGCAGGAAUUGAGAGGACACACAUUCCAAAGCUUAAAACAUAAAAGAUUGCAGACUGUACUUACAGUAUUUCAUUUGAGUGUAUAUAUUAUGUAUAUAUGUCCAAGUGAGAAAAUGUAAUUGGUGCUUGCAAUUUUAGGCUGGUUUCAUACUGUAUACAUACACUUUCUUUUUGUAGAAAAAUGAUCAGGUUCUAUUUUGUUAGCUUGUUUGCAUUGUUCUCAGUAAAUUAAGAAAUAAAAAAAAGGCUUUUCAGUAAA